GUGCCCCAGCGCGGAAUUUUUGCCAUCGCGAUGCGGUUGUCGUCUCGCAUGGAUAAGUGUCCAGGCUAUUAUCGAUCGGCUACGAUCCACUCUCUAUCUAUUAGGUCUAACGCUAUGUCCUAGCUAAAUACGACGUGUGCGGUGCGUGGAAGCCGGUGCGGGUCAUGCGGGGAAUGAUUCGAAUCAAGCAUGAGGAAGAUAAUAAGGGUGUCCUGCGACACGUCGAGCGGCCGGGCAAUUUUAUUCAGCCGCAUCGCACGGUUUAGUUUGAUUUUCAAACUUGUUUGUUUUUCCUCGCAAUAUCGCGCGAUGACUACGAUGGAGAUAUUAAUUUCGGAGGUAGUGUGGAAUAAAAAAUAUCAUCGAUACAAAGAUAGGAUUGCUGUCGACAAGGAAUGGGAUGAAAUUUCUAUCAGCACAGGGUUGGCAAAAGACGAUGCGAAAAAGAAAUGGCGUAAUUUGCGAGAUCAGUUUACCAAAGAGCUUAAAAAAAUUUCGAAGCCCAGAUCGGGAGAUCCUAAAGAAUUUGUUGCAUCUUAUUCGAGAAAGUGGCAGUAUUUUGCCAAUAUGCUGUUUCUAAAGGACACCUUAAUUCCAAGAAAUACCGAGGGAAAUAUAUCGCUGAACGUUUUGGAAGCCUCGGAAAGCACUACUGCUAUAAACGAUGACGAUGAAGUCGAGAAAGAAGUGAUAGAUCACGAGCCAAACCCUAAUAAUGAUGCUUUACAAAGUGAUGUUAACAUAGGACACACAAACGCAAACCCCGGGCAGCCAGGCUUUAGAAACUCUAGCACUGACUUCUUCAUCUGCGACUACAUCUCAUUUCAAACGAAAGAGAAAUCAAAAGCAUACCGAACUAGAGCAAAAGUUUUUGGACAUCGAAAAUAAAAAACUAGCACUUCUGAAAACCCCGGAAGACGAAAACAUGUUGUUUUCCAGAUUACUGCUACUUUAAAAAGCAGGACCCAAUUCAACAGCUACGAAUAAGAACACGUUAUCAGGAAAUUCUACUUCAGGAAAUAUCACAGAAUCGAACAAUCACGUUUGAAUAAUAUUUCAUAGCAUCUCAAACUCACUCCCGUUACUAUUCAAAUCCACCUUCUGCAGUUUCAUCGAUAGAUUCAAAUUAUACUGCAGUGCCGUCACCUUCUCCUGGUGCUUCUGUAAGUGCACCUUUUACAGUAUCAUCAGUCGAUUCAAAUUAUGUUGCAGUACCGUCACCUUCUCCUGGUAUUUUAACGCAACCAGCAUCGUCUCAACAAUAUUCUUUUAUAUUUUCUGCAGACGAAGAUGGACCGGACAUGGGAUUUUACAUAAUUUGUAAUUUUCAUAUUUGU